CGGAAGUGGUAGCUGACAAUGGCAGCGGGCGGGGGGCGCUACUUCGGGAGGUUGUUGCAGCUCUGGGGCCGGGCCCAGAUACCAAAUGGUUCGGUCAGGACGUUUUUUGCAUAUCCUCGUACGAAAGCACGGUCCGGUUUGGUACAGGGAUCUAAAGACAUUUGUUUGAGACUCUGGAGACCAAAAAGUGGCACAGCAGAUGCCAUCGAAUCUGGAGAGGAUGUUGUGUUCAGGUGGGGCCUUUUACUGAUCCCUGUGACAUCGUUUUGCCUUGGCACAUGGCAGGUCCAGCGCCGGAAGUGGAAGUUGAAACUGAUUGCAGACCUCGAGUCAAGAGUUGGAUCAGAGCCUGUUCCUCUGCCUUUAAAUCCUGCAGAGCUGAAGGAGCUGGAGUACAGGUCUGUCAAGGUUCGAGGGUAUUUUGAUCACUCCAAGGAGCUCUACAUUAUGCCACGUUCACGGGUCGAUCCUGAGCGAGAGGCCAGAGAAGCCGGACAACUGACGUCCAAGCCGGACAAUGGAGCAAACGUCAUUACUCCCUUCUACUGCACAGACCUCGGUGUCACAAUCCUAGUGAAUCGAGGCUUUGUCCCCAAAAAGAAGUUGAAACCAGAGACCAGACUGAAAGGACAGGUCACAGAUGAAAUAGACCUUGUUGGGGUUGUAAGACUGUCAGAAACCCGGAGGCCUUUUGUGCCAGAGAACAACAUAGAAAGAAACCACUGGCAUUACCGGGACCUGGAGGCCAUGGCAAAGGUGACAGGGGCCGAACCCAUCUUCAUCGAUGCAGAUUUCUGGAGCACAGUCCCAGGGGGGCCUGUUGGAGGUCAGACAAGGGUGAGCUUGAGAAAUGAACACAUGCAGUAUAUUGUUACCUGGUAUGGUUUGUGUGCUGCAACAUCCUAUCUGUGGUAUAGGAAGUUCAUACAGAAGAUCCCUUUCUGAAGGGAAGGGCCAGAUGUUUCACUCUUCAAGAAAAGACACAGGCUCAAGCGCUUGGGAGACCCACAUAGAAGAAACUGGUGUAGCACUGGAAGAAGCAGCUUGCUAUACAGCUGUGCACACCAAUGCAUCUCCAGUGAGGAGAUAAGCAAGAGAUACCCACUGCCAUACAGGCAAUUUCAGGGAACCUGGCCUUAGCUUGAAGACAUAAAAUCUUGAAUAGUUUUGUGAGCUGUUUGUUCUUUAAGCCCAACUUCAAGUAAAAGAGUUGGCAACUUCCAUAUGCUUUUACCUUUCAAGUCAGAGACAGCUAUUACUGGUAAAAUAUUAAGUUUUGAUCAUUUAUUGCCUUGCACAUUUUCUUAGGGGAUUUUUCUUGGCUUGUUUACUACUGUCACUACCGAUUGAGGAAGUAUUUCAUCUAAUCACAGCUAAUGUAAUGGUGAAGUGGAAGCAGGCUACCUCAUCAUGAAAUAUCAGCACAAAAGUCAUUAAUUUUUGAAGGGGAUUAUUUAAACAGUGCGCAGUGAAAUGACAAAAAA